AUGACUGCCUAUCCAGUGAAAUCUCGACAACAUGGUCCACAGGUCUCUGGGUCAGGAAAGAGACACCCUGGGCAGAACCUGUGCCGCACAGGCGGGUUUUCCACUCUGAAGGAUGGUAUAGCAUAUUGGACAUUGACACCGAUGCUCCAGCUCGCUGACCUCAGCCUCAAGCUUGCAGAUCUCCUUGUUUUUCCCAAUCAGCUCUGCACAGUGCUUGAUUUCUAGCUCGGUGUUCCACUUCUUCAGGCGCUGCACUUCUUGUAGGUCCCUGAUCUUCGCGGACCCUGCUUCAAAUACGGUGUGAAUUUUUUUGUUUUGCUGUCGCCUAUCCUAAUAUCAGCAAAUGGCAAGUCCGGCUCUGAUGGGAGCUUGCCAGAACUGCAUUCAAGUUGGGUAUUUUGCGUUUCAGCGGCUGUGAUUUUGUGGAUGCGGAGGAAUUGAGGAUCGCCGGGCCAUCAAACAGAACCUCAUAAUCUUGGAGGCUAUUGUCCAUAAGGCGUCUCUUUCUCCGUAGCUCUCGCGGCGGGGAUCGAGGUUCGUCCGUCUCUGCAUCUGUAUUGUUGUUAAUGACAAUGGUGCUGCGGGGUUCAGCUUCGGUAGAAGCCGUGGCUCUGAACGCGCUCGUUAAUGUUGGGCGACCUUGGGCCGUGCAAACAGGCCCCUUCGGUGAGUUUCUUGCGGUGGUGGAUGGAGAAUGGAAAUGGAAGUUAAAGAAAGAUGGAGUCGGGGGAGGAGGAAAAGGUGGGGGGGGGGGGGGGG